AAUUACUUCCCCAAUUCUUUGAUUGCAUUAAAUGAGGCGUCACCGUCGUGAAAUGGCACGGAGGAGGAGUUUCUCCUUUUCUCCCAGUCAGCAAUCGUCAAUGGCGACGCUGCUGAAGAAGGUAUGGGAGUCGGUGGUCCCUCGUUCUGUUCCGCUGGCUCGUCGACCAAGUGGGGACAAGUCCCUGUUGUCAUCGUCGUCGUCGUCGUCGUCGAUCACUAUGUCUUUCGGUCCUUUCUUCGACCAGAUACCGGCGGACAUACUGGUACAGAUAGUGAAGUUCCUAACACCAAAGGACGCCGUCAAACUGAGCGCUGUUUGCAGAGCUUGGUUAUCGCUGGUGUCUGAUAAUUGCCUUUGGAUUCAUUUCCUCCAGAAUUACCAGCAGGACCCCUGGGACUCCAUUAUCUUCGCCGAGUUAAGCUUGAGAUCCGGUUAUCCUCUCCAGGUUUCCUCCAGUCUAAUGGCCGACUUAUCUUUUAUGCGAAUUUAUGGCCAAAGGCAACUAAUCCCUGGCUCUGUUAUCAUUGAUGGUGGUUCUGGCUAUUGCAAGUUUGGUUGGAGCAAAUAUCCCUGUCCAUCUGGUCAGUCGGCAACAUUUCUGGAGUUUGGUAACAUCGAGUCUCCAAUGUAUUCCAGACUUAGACAUUUCUUUACAACUAUGUACAGCAGGAUGCAAGUCAGACCAUCUAAUCAUCCAAUUGUCCUCUCCAUUCCAAUAUGCCACUAUGAUGACACUGAAUCUGCCAAAGCAUCGAGAAGGCAACUUAAAGAAGCCAUUCAUACUGUCUUGUUUGACAUGAAUGUUCCCGCUGUAUGUGCCAUCAAUCAGGCAGCUCUUGCUUUAUAUGCUGCAAGGCAAACUUCUGGAAUUCUUGUUAAUAUUGGUUUCCAAGUUACAUCUGUUGUUCCGAUUUUACAUGGUAAAGUAAUGCGCAAGGUGGGUGUCGAAGUCAUGGGACUGGGAGCAUUGAAGCUCACAGGAUUCCUUAGGGAACUGAUGCAACAAAAUGAUAUAAAGUUUCAAUCUCUAUACACUGUGCGGACUCUAAAAGAGAACCUAUGCUAUGUUGCGGCUGAUUAUAAUGCAGAGCUUGCAAAAGACACACAAGCAUCUUUGGCGAUUCCAGCAGAAGGGUGGUUUACACUUUCAAAAGAACGGUUUCAAACAGGGGAGAUCUUAUUCCAGCCACGUAUGGCCGGAGUGCGUGCAAUGGGAUUGCACCAUGCUGUUGCACUUUGUAUGGAUCAUUGUCAUGCUGCUGAGUUGACAGCUGACAAUACCUGGUUCAAGACUGUGGUUUUGUCCGGGGGAACUGCAUGUUUACCAGGACUUGCAGAAAGAUUAGAGAAUGAACUCCAUGAGCUUCUUAGUCCUUCCCUAUCCAAUGGAGUAAGAGUGAUUCCUCCUCCUUUUGGUGCAGACAGUGCAUGGUUUGGGGCAAAAUUUAUCAGCAAUUUAAGUACAUUCCUUCCAUCCUGGUGCAUAACAAAGAAGCAGUUCCGUCGGAAGUCUAAAGUAAACCUCGUAUGGUGAAACAUACACUGUAUAGAUGAGCAUCUUCCCUCAUCCUUGUAUUAGUGUCUAAUAACAUGCCAGUCUUGACAGGAGUCCUGACUUCUGGCGGCAUUUAGUUACACAGAUGACAUUAUCUUUGGGAGCAAAGACAACAUAAGAGCCGUAUCAAAAUAGAAAAAAAUAAAAAAUAAAACAAGACAACACAAGAGCUCAAAUAGGAAUUGUAGUUAUAUUCUUUAACUGAGAGAAAAAUGAAAUAAUGUUUCUGUAAUAUAUUUUGAAAUUUAGAUAGUAAGCAUCUGAUCCGAACAGGUAUUUGUUUCAUGGUGAUGUUUUGUUUGUUAAUGAAAGGGUAAUAUCUAU